AAACAAGGACGCUCCUUGAUGGAGAGGUAGCCUUCACUUUGACUUUGACCAAAGAGUGGAGAGAGAAAGAGGUAAAGAAGAAAAGUCUCACUUUCCUCUCUUCUUCCUCAAUCCAACCCCAAAAUAAAAGCCCAUAUAACCUGCUCCAUUCUUCAGCAGCUUAACAACCUUGUUAACCCUUGUUUUGUUCUCUCCGGGGAGCUAAAUCAAAGGGCUAUUUGGUAUUUGUGGUGGCUCAAAGUCAAAGAGCGAAUUUUGUUCCUCAGGCGUUCUCAUGGAGGCUGAAUUCCCCAAGAAAAAAGAUGGGAGCUCAAGUAAAUGCUCAGUUUUGCUUGAAUUGGCUGCAUCUGAUGAUCUUGCAGCCUUCAAAGGUGAAGUAGAAGAGAAGGGUUUCGGCCUUGAUGAGGCAAGCUUUUGGUAUGCUAGAAGUAUUGGGUCUAAAAAGAUGGGUUUUCAAGAGAGGACUCCGCUCAUGGUUGCUGCCAUGUAUGGUAGCUCUGAGGUUUUGAAGUAUAUCAUUGCAAACGGCAGGGUUGAUGUAAAUAGAGCUUGUGGUAUUGAUGGGGUCACUGCUCUUCAUUGUGCUGUUGCUGGUGGUGCCAAUUCUUCUGUGGAGAUAGUCAAGCGUUUGCUUGAUGCAUCAGCUGAUGCUGGGUGUGUUGAUGCUAAUGGGAACAAACCCAUUGACCUUGUUCCUCCAUAUUUGAAGUCGCUAUGCAAUUCUAGAAGAAAGGUGGUAGAGGCCCUGCUGAAAGGAGACAAGUUAAUUGGGAUUAGUGAUGAUAACCAGGAAGAAGUACCAGAGAAAAUGAUUGCAUGUCAGUUGUCAAAAGAUGGGACUGAGAAGAAAGAAUAUCCAAUUGAUGUGUCACUGCCUGAUAUAAACAAUGGGAUUUAUGGGACUGAUGAGUUCAGAAUGUAUACUUUCAAAGUAAAGCCAUGCUCAAGGGCCUACUCCCACGAUUGGACAGAGUGCCCAUUUGUUCAUCCUGGCGAGAAUGCCAGGAGGAGAGACCCAAGGAAGUACCCUUACAGCUGUGUGCCUUGCCCAGAGUUCCGAAAGGGUUCAUGUCCUAAGGGUGAUGCUUGUGAGUAUGCUCAUGGCGUGUUUGAAUCCUGGCUUCAUCCUGCCCAGUACAGAACUCGGCUCUGCAAGGAUGAGGUUGGUUGUAACCGCAAAGUUUGCUUCUUUGCUCAUAAACCUGAAGAACUUCGACCUGUGUACGCGUCCACAGGGUCAGCCAUGCCUUCACCAAGGUCUGCUGCAGUCUGUGCAGUUGACAUGGCAACACUGAGUCCUCUGGUGCUUGGUACAUCUUCCUUGCCGUUGCCUACCACUUCAACCGCACCUAUGUCUCCCCUGGCCGCCUCUUCUUCACCAAAGAGUGGAGGCUUGUGGCAGAACAAAGUUAACCUUACUCCCCCUGCCUUGCAGUUGCCAGGAAGUCGAUUGAAGACAGCUUUCAGUGCAAGGGAUUUAGAUUUAGGGAUGGAAUUCCUAGCACUAGAAAAUCAGAACAGCCAAUUGCAGCAGCAGCAGUUGAUGGAUGAGAUAUCAGCUCUCUCCUCCUCCUGCUGGAGCAAGGAGUUCAGUAGGGUUGGAGAUUUGAAGCCUAGUAACCUUGAUGAUGCCUUUGGAUCCCUUGAUUCUUCCAUGUUGUCUCCAUUGAAAGGACUGUCAGUGAAAUCUGCAACACCUACUCAGUUGCAAUCUCCGACAGGGCUUCAAAUUCGCCAAAACAUGAACCAACUUCGUGCAAGCUACCCAACAAACCUUUCAUCCUCUCCUGUGAGGAAACCCCCAUCAUUUGGUUUUGACACAUCUGCUGCUGUGGCAGCAGCAGUAAUGAAUUCCAGGUCCUCUGCAUUUGCAAAGCGGAGCCAGAGUUUCAUUGAUCGUGGAGUAGUAACUAGCCAUGUUGGGCUUACUGCAGCUGCUAAUUCUGCAUCGAUGAUGUCCACAAAUCUCUCUGACUGGAGCUCCCCUGAUGGGAAACUAGAUUGGGGAAUCCAAGGAGAUGAACUCAAUAAGCUAAGGAAGUCUGCAUCAUUUGGGUUUCGAAACAACAGUCCUCCAAAGACCCAGAUGAUGCCAGUGAAUGCUGAUGAACCAGACGUAUCUUGGGUUCAUUCUCUAGUGAAAGAUGUCAAUCCGGUGGGAGGUGCGUUGUUCGGCACUGAGAAUCAGCAACAGCAGUACAGCACUGGCAAAGGUACCCGUGAGAAACUUCCACCAUGGGUAGAGCAAAUGUACAUAGAACAGGAGCAGAUGGCAUAAUGAAGAUCCAUUUGCACGGAGAUUCAUUCUAACUAAUCUGGAUACUUGAAUUCUUAUCAAUAUUCAUGGUAGGUAUUAUUGAUAGACUGCGAACAAGAAUAGGUUUUCAAGAACCAAAAAUAUGAGCAAGAAGAAAACAUUCUUUGCUCAUACUACAAUUAGGAAGAAUUUAUUGAUUAUUUUAUAUUCUUAAUUAUUUUUUUCCCUCCCUCUUGGGAAAUUAUUUAUGUUUCUUAGUAAUAAGAAGCUACAAUGA